AUGGGACCCCGCUAUGCAAAAGUCAGGGAGCCCUCUUGAUGCAACGUCCAAGCGGACUCAUUUAUCCUUCUUUCCUCUGUGCGUGCGAUCGUGUCCAGAACCUCAAGAUUGCGAGUCUGACGGCAAGCGAUGGUGCGCCGGCCCGUCACUGCAACAGGACCGCGAAGAGUACGAGACGUGCGUGCGGGGUGGCUGCCUUUCGAUUUGAGGGCGGCAAGGAGGUGAGAAUGGAGACCAUUGAUGAGUUGAUGACUUGCGUCUCGCAUAACUCUGCCUGUCUGUCUUCGCAGGCGUACAAGUACACCUGCAAUGACAGCUACAAGCAGCUCAAGUUCGUCAAGGACAGAAAAACACAAGACGGCUACUACCAGAAAGAGGGCCUUCCGUUCUGCGCAGGUGCGCGAUGACAAGGAGUGUCUCCAGUCACCAUCACUGCCGGCUUGUAUCUCAUCUUGUGGCCUGCGUGUUGGUCAGCGGACUGCGAGGCUCUCGGCAAGGACAUGUGCGGUGGCAAGGAAGGCCGAAAGGGCACGUGCAUUAAGGGAGACAUCUCUACUGACGCAGACGCCAUCGGGGAGUCCCCCAGCCAGUCAUACUAG